AUGGCUUGGAAUAUUUUGAUUACUGGCGCUGCCGGAUAUAUUGGAGGGUCUCAUGUUAUUGGGCUUCUUGGUAGUGAGACUGUCAAGUUCGAACCAGAAAACAUCAAUGUUCUUGUCCGUUCUGGGGGACAAGUAGGACACUUUAGUAAGCUGGGCAUAAACGCCAUACAGUGUUCUUUGCUAGAUGAGAAGAAACUCGCUGAUAUUGUGCUUGAAAGAAAAGUCGAUAUCAUUGUCCAUUGCGCAAGUUCAUUAGACCCAAAUUUGGCAUAUCCCUUGAUCUUAGCUUUACAGAAGAGCGCCAAGCCACCGGCAAGGAGAUAUAUUUUAUUCACUUCUGAUCCGACGCAAACAGCCGAAAUGGGUGCAUUUAGUAAAGAAACUGGCUGGCCCCAUGGUUCAGUAGAGGAUACCGACCCUGUUUUCGAGCUUGAGAAGCAAAUGCCAGAACAGGAUGUAUUCCCAGUGCAAAGGUACUCUAAACCUAUUAAUUCAGAAGGGACGAAUCUCAUUAACAAUCCAUUCUGUGGAUUGGUAGAUGGUCGAGGUACUGGUCCCUAUAAAAAGCUGUCUGUUCAGGUUCCUAGCCUUAUUCGUGCCUUUAUUGUACUGAAAAUGGUCUACAAAUUUGACUACGAGGGUCGGUGGCCGGCAGCACAUGUAUCUGAUGUCGUAAACUACUACAUUUUACUCAUCGGGCUCAUUAUUGAAGGAAAGACCCCUCCCAGUGGUGAAAAUGGAUACUACUUUGCAGCAACCCACUAUCUGAGCUGGUGGAAGAUGUUGGAGGGCUUGGCCAUCUCUCUUCAUGGCCGCGGUUUAGUGAAAGAGCCUAUACCGGUUAUUUGGCCAAGCGUAGAACUUGCUGAAAAGGCUCUCGGUUUUCCGUCGCCAUACGUGCAAGUCGCGUUCAGUUCAAGAAGCCCACAAGGUAUUGCGGACAAAAGAUACAGCAUUGGUUGGGAGCCAAAGUGGAAUGCUCCCGACUUUUUCAACAUUAUUGAUGACGAGGUUCAGAGCGUACUUGAUCUCGAUAUUGCUCGCGCUUGUAUUGCGGAUUAUUUCGCCAAUGAAAAGCUCGAGGGCUCGAAGGAGUAG